AUAAUUGAUUUGAGCUUCGCGAUUCGUUUUACGCCCUGCCGCGGUACCCAAAUGUCUGGAACUUUGUCUCAUUUUCGCAUGUUUUAUUUAUAAUUCUGGAAUCAAAGUUGACACAUUUUGCGAUAAGAUGAGUCAAGCAUUAUUCGAUGCCCUCGCUGGCAUCGAUGGGAGUGGCCUAGGAAUGCAGAGUCUUUUAGAGACCACUCCCACUAGCACCAUGACAACCAUUGUUCAAGACCCAAAUGCAGGUGUUGAUGAAGAGGACAUCUUCCAGUGCGGCAAAUGCAAGAAGCAGUUCACAUCCCUCAACUCCUUCAUGAACCACAAGAGAGAUCACUGCGUACCGCCCAUCUCAACGCACCCCAUACAGACCAUAACGACCCUGCCACGCCCUCAACCCAUCUCUGCUGCCGCUCCUCACUCUGUCAACAGUGCCUUCUCCACCCUCACCCAGACCUCGCUGGGGAACCGUCUAUCGCUGGGCGGGACCGGCAUCGGACCGGUGCCCCCGUCCCCCUUGGCGCAGCUUCCGUCCAACAUGGUGCUUGGUGAGGAGGUACUGAUCUCCCAGUUUGCCAAUGUGGAGCAGAACAUUCAGCAGCUUCAGAACACCCUGAUGAACUCUGGUUCUCUCUCCUCGGCGCCGUUCAUCACGUCUCAGGCUGCUUCUAGGCUUUUGACUUCCACCACACCGGUCUCAUCAGGAGGUUCGUCAGCUAUGUCAUCAGGGUCUGUUAACCCUGUACAACAGACUCUAAACAUCGGCCAGGUGACCAAUAUUCAGAUAGUUCAACCCAAUGGUAACAUCACUUUACAACAGGUACUCCCCAACUCCAACCAACAGGAGCAGGCUCUUCUGCAACAGCAGCAGCAGCAAGGCCAAACCCUGAUACAACCUGCCGCCAUCAUGCCACAACCCCCCAGGACCUCAGGGGUGCAGGAACUCACCCGUAUUGCUCCCAUGACCAACCUGGUUCAAGGUAACGGUGAUGGCGGUGACCCCCUGAACAGACCUGAUCAUAUCUACAGCCUCACUGCCAGGAGGAAGCGUAGGGGAGAGGCUGAGAGUAAGAAGACGGGGAAACUAAGAUGCAACUACUGCGACAGGACGUUCGCAAAGAACUUUGACCUGAAUCAGCAUCUACGCAGUCACACGGGAGAGAAACCAUUUCAGUGCAUUGUAUGCGGGAGAGCAUUCGCUCAGAAGUCAAAUGUCAAGAAGCACAUGCAAACACACAAAGUAUGGCCAGAAGGAAAGAAAGCAACUUUGCCUAAUAAACCUAUACUGAAGGUUACCAAUCUUGGAGAAGAGAAUAGUGCCAAAAAUGCCAAGAUCCGUUUGGAUGCAGGAGGUAGUCAGGAUUUGUUAGAACCCAUCCCAAGAGAAGAAAUGCUGAUCGAUAACUCCUACGUGUGUAACUUUUGUAAUGAGAAGUUCAAGAACUACUAUCAGCUGAAGACACACAUGAGACAACACAAAGAUGAACAGCUGUACAAGUGCAUUGUGAAGAGUUGCUCACAAACUUUCAAGAACCUUGAUGAAUUCCUGGAGCACAUCAGAUCCCACGACAAGGAACUAUCCUAUCGUUGCCACCUGUGCAACAAGCAGUUCAAUGACCUCAAUGAUUUAGGUGUCCAUCAAUAUUCACACAGCCUCUAUCCAAACCAAGGUCCAAAACUUGUUCAAAAAGAAUUCAAGUGUCCCAAAUGUAACAGCAAGUAUUCAUCACCCGAUGCUCUUGAACACCACAUGAACACCUCGUCACAUAAAUUCAACUGCCCAGAAUGUAACAAGGUCUUUACCUGUGAACGAUACCUGCGACGCCACCUUGUCUCCCAUUCCACCCAAGCCCUGCACGAGUGCCACCUCUGCAAUAAAAAGUUCAAGAGUGAGCACUAUCUGAAAUCUCACAUUCUCAUUCACACCGGUCAGAAACCAUUCAGCUGUCAGGUCUGUCAGACCGAGUUCAAUCGCAAGGACAAACUAAAGAGACACAUGCUGAUCCAUGAACCCACCAAGAAAUUCAAGUGUCCAUUCCACACGGUAGCUGGCUGCACAAUGGCGUUCAAUCGGGCAGACAAACUGAAAGCUCACAUCAUCACGCACAGUGGGAUCAAACCCUUCAAGUGCUUCCACUGCUCAAAGACAUUCAGCCGGAGGCCUAACCUGGCUGAACACAUGAAGCUCCACACCAACGACUUUCCUUACCGUUGUGAGAAGUGCAACAAGGGAUACGCCAGAGAGAAGUACCUGAAGAACCAUAACUGUAAUGCCAAAACAGGUCCCAAACGAACAUCGAUCAUCGAUGGUACAAACAUAAGCCUGGAUUAUGCUGCCAAGCUGAUUGAUGCUGGAGCUAUCCUAGAUGCGGAUGAGAUUCAGUUGCAGAGUAGUAUCGCUGAAGCCUUGGCCCUGAAGACCAAGAAGAAGAGAGGCAGAAAAAGGAAAAGCGAUAUUCAACUAAUGAAAGCAAAAGAAGAUACAAAGGAGGAGGAAGAGGAAGUUAGGAUCGUCCAGACAAAGACAAGACAGGUGAGGAUGAAAACUGGUUCUAUCCUCAGCAAACAAAAACGAACCAGGAAACUAAAGACUAAGCCAAAGCAGACCAAGCUCCAAACGCCACUGAUGUCAGAGAAAUCCACCAUUGCUGCAAUUGAGGAAGACCUUGCCAUCAUUCAAAAUGUACUAGCCCAACACAGUAAUGAUGUCAGUGUUAGUGUGGGUGUCGGAAUGGAAGGCCUUGGCACGGACCAAACAGACAGUGGACAUAGCCUUGCCUCCUCUCUUUCUCGUCAAUCUGGAGUGAAUAUCAGUCUUCCAUCGGAGUCUUUGAUCCAGGAUCCUAUAAACAUGGAACCUGGAGACCUGAGUGGGCCGAUGCUUCCAGUGGUAGUGACACACGGUCAUGGACUCGAAGGAAUGGAGGACGUGGUGGUGGUAGUAUCUAGACCUUGACUGUUCAAAUAGGCUCUUUAUUUGGAGGAAAGAAAAGUCUCUAAAGAAAGUUUUAAUUAUGUAUCCUUUGAUACACAUCGCAUCAGUGAUUCUUAAGUGAUGAUAGUUUGGUAAAAAUCAUCAAACAAUAAUAAAAUAGUGGCAUUAAUUACUCAUUAGUUUGCAAAAUAAAACAUGCUCACACUGACAUGACAGAUUCCAUCCACCUAAUAUUUAAUGUCCCUUAUUUUGUUAUACUUGGAGAAACACCCAAGAUAUAUUAAACCAGCUACCUCUUCAUAAGAAGUCAGGUGGCCAAAAUAACCCUCGUACCAGCUACAUAUAGGUGGUUUGAAUGAAAAUGAAUAAAACGGCUGUUUUCAACUCGCCGUAGAGUCGCUGUAGAUGAAAUGUGACUGAGGUAUAAAGGAUCAUUUUAAUAUACUAACUUUAGUAUAAUAGUAUGUCAAAUUCAUGAAGAUUCCUGUCGUUAUUCCCGUACGAUUACUUUCAUUGAUACUGGAAUCCUCAAAGCUAAACUGUAAUUCAGAUCAUGUGGAUUGAGGUGCAUCUUCUGUACCUUAAAGGUCAAGUCCACCCCAGGAAAAUGUUGAUUCGAAUCAGUAGAGAACAAUCAGAUAAGCAUAAUCUCAAAAUUUAAUCAAAAUCAGAAGUUAAAGGAAAAAAUUAUGACAUUUUAAAGUUUUGCUUAUUUUUCACUUAUCAGUUGUAUGCACAACUCAGUGACAUGCAAAAUAGAGAGUCGUGAUGUCCCUCACUCACUAUUUAAAAAAACAAUUUAUUGUCUGAAUUAUACAAUAUUUAAAGAUUUAACAAUAAGAACCAACUUGAAUGAACCAUAAAAUGUUUAACAAAUGGUAAUACCAAAUGUUCAGGGAAGAUUCAUGCUUGUUUCACAUGACAAUGAGAAAAUUAGAAUAUUUCAUAUUCCAUAUAAUAAAAUACAAAAUAAAUAGUGAGUGGGUGACAUCAUCAGUCCCCUCAUCUGCAUACCGACCAGGAUGUGCAUAUAUUAAACUGUUUUGUGAAAUUCAGCAAAAAUGUCAUAACUUUCUUAUUUUACACCUGAUUUUGGUGCAAUUUUCAGUGCUAUGCUUGUUGUAUUUUUUUUAAAUUCAAAUAAACUUUUUGUUGGGGUAGACUGUCCUUUACAUUUUUAGUAACUUUUUCUCUCUUAUAUUAGAAAUCAACA